UUCGCCUCACAGCAACCAACAGCAGCAGCAGCAGCAACCGCAGCACAAACCCCAAAACCAAACUAAUCAAAAUGGCAUUCAAGUUCAUCGCCCUCUUCGCUCUGAUCGCCGCUGCCAACGCCGGCCUUCUGCCCGCCGCCCAGGUCUACCACGCUGCACCUGCCGUGGCCACCUAUGCCGCCCCCGCAGUCGUCAAGACAAUUGCCCAGCCCGUGCUGGCCAAGGCCGCAGAGGAAUACGACCCCCAUCCCCAGUACAAGUACGCCUACGAUGUCCAGGACUCGCUCUCCGGCGACUCCAAGAGCCAGGUGGAGGAGCGCGACGGAGAUGUCGUCCGCGGAGAGUACUCCCUGAUCGAUGCCGAUGGCUACAAGCGCAUCGUCCAGUACACCGCCGACCCCAUCAACGGAUUCAACGCCGUCGUCAACCGCGUGCCCCUGGAGCAUGUCAAGACUGUGGUGAAGACCGUCGCCGCUCCCGCUGUUGCCCACUAUGCUGCUCCCGCUGUUGCCCACUACGCCGCCCCCGCUGUGGUCAAGACCGUUGCUCCGGCCUACCACACCUAUGCCGCCCCAGCUGUCGUCAAGACCGUUGCUCCCGUGGCUCACUAUGCCGCUCCCAGCCACUACGCCGCUCCCGCUGCCACCUACACCUCGUAUGCCACCCCCGCUGUCGCCUACCACCACUAAGUUCCAUCCCAGCCAUCCCCCAUACCCCCACCCAUACCCUUCUUUGUUAUAGUUAUACGAAUGCCCCCUAAAAAUACAC